AGGGAAUCGCAGAGCGAGGAGGGACCAAGACGAAGACUAAGAAGCAGCAUUCGCAGAAUCAGCACCAAAUCAAAGACGCGCACGCAGAAAUAGAGAGAGCACAAAAUGGCCUUGCUAAUUGGAUGUGGAGAAUCGUCGUCAUCGGCUUCCCCUAUUGUUCUUAUUAGAUAUUUGAAUCGAGCCGUAGACUCAUUCAAGCACGACAUUGCUCACAUCUUUGCCAACAUUUUUUGCUGCAAGACCAAUUUUGAUUCUAAUUCCCGGACUUGCGGGAAUGAGGAUCUACAGCCUUCUUCUUUUGAAAAUCUCAUGACAGCUAUGGGUGAACAAUACCAGUUGAGAGCCCAAAACUGGUGUUCAAAGCAAAAGGAUUUUGAUGAUGAAAGAGAUCCAUAUGCUGUUUUCAAUGUGUUGGAUACAAUGCUAAAAGACAGUUUGGAACGCUUGAAAAUGAUGAGGGAAAGCAUAUCUUUGGCAGAGAUAGGCAUUCGAGGAUGCACUUUGGAGGUUAAGUAUGCUGAACAUGUAUACAUAAUUAGGGAUUUGUGUUUGGUGGGAAAGGUAGAAGCAGCUCUAUGGCUUCGAAGAAAAAUGAUACGGAAAGGUGUUGUUCCUGAUGUAUCUUCAUACAAUUAUCUUCUAAAUGGAUUGUGUAAAACCGGUAACUUGGAGCAGGCAGAUUGGCUUAUUAGGGAGAUGGUAGAAAUGGGUCCCUCUCCCAAUUGUGCCACAUACAACACUUUCAUCAAGGGUUAUUGCCUUAUUAAUAAUGUGGAUAAAGCUCUUUAUAUUUUCUCAACAAUGGCUAAUACUGGUAUUAGGCCAAAUAAAGUUACUUGUAACAUACUCGUACAUGCAUUGUGCAAGAAAGGUCUUUUGGAUGAUGCAGGGAAGAUUCUUGGAGAGAUCUUAGAGGAAGAAAAUGACAAAGCAACACCAGAUUUAAUUACCUCGACUAUACUUAUGGAUGGUUAUUUUAAGAAUGGGGAUAUGGUUCAGGCUCUUAGUCUUUGGAAUGAGAUGGUCCAAAAAAAUACUCAAAUAGAUGUUGUUGCAUAUAAUGUCCUUAUCCAUGGAUUUUGUUUAAGUCGUCACAUGAGACUCGCAUACAGGCACUUUUGUGAAAUGCUUAAAAGAGGUUUACUUCCUGAUGCUUUUACUUGUAAUAUUCUUAUAACUGGUCUUUGCAAUGAUGGGAAAUUUGAUGAGGCUUUAUAUAUCCAUGGUGUUAUGGCUAGAAUGGAAGUUGCUCCUGAUCCAAUUUCAUACAACAUUAUUAUUCGAGGCCUAUGUGCAUAUGGAGAUGUUGUCAGAGCUCAUGAAUUUCUUCUUUAUAUGUUAGAAAAUUCAAUAGUGCCCGAGCCUCAGAUUUGGAACCUAAUAAUUGAUUGUUAUGGAAGAUGUGGAGAUCUAGGUAAUGCAUUUUCCAUCAGAGAUCAGAUGACAGCUUUUGGUGUUCUUCCAAACACAUUUACUUAUAAUGCACUGGUUCAUGCACAAGUAAAAGGAGGGAACAUUGCUGGUGCUUAUUCUCUUAAGAAGGAGAUGAUUCUCUGUGGCCUUUAUCCUGAUGUUGUUACUUAUAAUUUGUUAAUAGGUGCUGCUUGUACCUUAGGGCACAUCCGUUUAGCACUUCAAUUACAUGAUGAAUUGCUGACAAGUGGAUAUGACCCUGAUAUUAUAACUUACACUGAACUAAUUAGAGGUCACUGUAUGAGAGGCAAUGUGAAGGAGGCUGAAGAGCUCUUUGCCAAGAUAGAGAAAGCUGGUUUACCAAUGGAUCACAUUCCAUUUAAGAUACUUAUUAAGACGUACUGCAAAAUGAGGGAGUUUGACAUGUCAUUUGACCUGUAUCAAAAGUACUUGAAUAAGGACAAAUGAGACUGUUAUCUUUAAUGGGCUUUAUUUGAUCAUAGGACGGUGGAGUCAAUGAUUUUGGAAAGCAAGGGCCGGUAUUUGCAUGCAAGUAAUAGCUUCUGCCUUUGAGAAUCCGUGGUUGAUGAUGGCAAUUUUUGCUUGCAGCGAAUGUGAAACUUUCUUAUAUUCUUGCAGCAGAUUGAUCAUUAUCAUUAUUUGAUUUAGAUGGCACAAGGGGCCACUGUCAUAUGCAGAAGACAUUAUUGGGAUUGCUAGAGUACAUCUUGCCUAAGUUCACCAUAAUAGUGGAGUGAUACUUAUUAUUUAAGAGAGCUAAAGUUUGCCGGCUAGAUAACUGUAAAACCGCAGGUUCAUGGCUCAACAACAUACUCAGGACGUGACGUUGGCAUGCGUUGAUGGAUUUGUUUCCCUGUUUCUCUGAACAAAAGAAAACGUCUUUAAAGCUUUUCGUUUGCCAGGGAUUUCUUCCUCAUCAACAAUCAUCGACACCCUUGCCACAAUCUAUGAAAUUGACCCCACCUUCAGAUCCAUAGACAAGAAUGGGUGCUCAAUUGAAAGACAUUGUGAAAUUUGGACUUUGAAAUUUCUUUUUUUUAAGUUUUGGAAAAAAAAAAUGGAGGAAAGAAAUGGAAAAUGGCUGCAAUUUGGUAAGCGGCCGAACUGGACUCUUGUAGAUUAGCGGUAAAUACUAAGCUUUGCUCCAUUAACCCCAUUGAAAAAAGAGAAAAGAGAAUAAAAGCAAACCUGAAAUUUGUUUUCUCAGCUGUUUAUAAUUUUCUUUUUCCUUUUUGUCUUUUCCCCUUUGUGUGUAGUUGGUUCUGUUUGUUAACAUUCUCGAAUUUGUUUUUGCUGCAGCAUUUAGGUGCCAAAAGAACCAGUACAAUGUGUUUGAUUUGAGUUGCUGCUGGUUGUGAAUGUUCAAGCUAUCCCAUGUGUUUGAUGAAAUCUUUGUGAGAAAAUGUAUAGCCUUCAGAAAGAGAUCUAUUUUUUUUCCUCUCUCACAUUGGUAUUGCUAGUAGGGAUAUGGCACUCAUUGACACUGCAGCUCUCUAGUGUUCUUACUUUUUGUAGAGAUGGUAAUCACAGCAAUAUAAAUGAUACAAAAGUCAUUGCUUCUGAGGUUGUAAUUCCGGAUUGUUAUUGCAUUUAUGUCUGCAUUUCCAAAUAGCAAAGAUAACAUUUGUGUCUCCAUUGAUCUCUAAUUGUUUGAUAUGUAUGAUCAGGAGCCAUAAAGAGAUGUUGAAGCUUCAGAGCGUGGCCAUACAAGAAAGGACUAUUGUUGCUCUUUUAAUUGUUCACUUAAAAUUUGAUCAAUAUUGUUCAUUAGUGAAAGAAUGUAUUCACUCCUUUAUUUAUUUAUUUAUUCAGAAUUGUAGGUAAUAUGUAAAGAACAGAAAGAUGGUGCGAUUUUUGUUACUGUUCUGCACCUAUGUAACAUUUUGAUCUUUUCCCACUCUUUGAUAUGUAAUCGCUUAUCUGAAAGCAACAAACAAUCAACUAUAUGCAUAUACAGUUGUUUCAA